AUGAAUAAAUGGCAUUUGGCUAUGAUCGCAGGAUUUCUAUCCUCCAAAUAUGCAAUUAUUGAUAAGAAGAGUAUUACUAUGGAGUCUCUAAAGUCCAGUCAGAUACAAUAUUUACAAAAGAAAAUUAGUUCUAAAGCACUACAUUCUGUGCUUUUCAAAUGUGUGGAUGAACCUAAUGUUGAUUUACCUGCAUCCUCAGAAUGGCUAUCUAAUGGAAAUAAUGGGCCACGAAGCGAAGCAUUGUAUUGUCUUCUGCAAGAUCGAAACUUGUUCUUUGCAUCCGCUGACUCAUUAUGCAAUCAUUGUAAGAAAAGCAAGAAAACUGUUGACCACAUGGCUACUCAGUGUGGUAAAAUGCUCAACAGUGAUUAUCUCCGGAGACACAACGAAGUUGUGAAGUGUAUCCACCUUAACUUGUGCCGAAUGUAUGGACUCAAAAAAGCAAGACGAUUGAAGGGACAUUCUGUUCAGUCAACACUGUCGACGGGAAAAGUUGAAAUCAGGGUUGAUUGUACAAUUCUCACCGAAACAAAAGUAGAAUAUAACAAGCCAGAUAUCUUUGUCCACGACAAAGUCAGAAACGAAAUAAAUCUAAUUGAAGUGGGUAUUACUUCACAGGAUCGCCUCAAGCAAGUGGAGGUUGAAAAGUGUCACAAGUAUGACCUAUUGGCAAGUGAGCUUUCGCUUCUGUAUAGCUGUCAAGUAAAAUAA